AUGGUCCUUCAAGAUUUGGGGCGGCGUAUCAACGCCGCCGUGAACGACCUCACGAGGUCCAACACACUGGACGAGAAGGCAUUCGACGACAUGUUGAAAGAAAUCUGUUCCGCCCUCUUGUCCGCCGACGUCAACGUCCGCCUCGUCCAAAACUUACGCAAAUCAAUCAAACACAGCGUCAAUUUCUCCUCCCUCCCCUCGGCUGUCAACAAAAAGCGUCUAAUUCAAAAGGCCGUCUUCGACGAGCUAGUUGCGCUCGUCAACCCUCAUGCGGACCCCUUCAAGCCCAAAAAGGGACGAGUCAAUGUGAUCAUGUUUGUGGGUUUACAAGGCGCCGGAAAGACGACGACAUGUACAAAGCUGGCACGGCAUUAUCAGAUGCGCGGAUUCAAGACUGCGCUUGUCUGCGCGGAUACGUUCCGUGCUGGUGCUUUCGAUCAGUUGAAGCAGAACGCUAUCAAAGCGAAGAUUCCAUACUACGGUAGUCUGACGCAGACGGAUCCCGUCGUUGUGGCAGCGGAGGGUGUGGCACAGUUUAAAAAGGAGCGAUUCGAUAUUAUCAUUGUCGAUACGAGUGGUCGUCACAAGCAAGAAGAAGAUCUAUUCGAGGAGAUGACUCAGAUCCAAAAUGCGGUGCGACCUGACCAGACUAUUCUCGUUCUUGAUAGUACCAUCGGUCAAGCUGCCGAGGCGCAAUCUUCAGCAUUUAAAGCAACUGCAGAUUUUGGUGCUAUUAUCAUCACCAAAACUGAUGGCCAUGCCGCUGGAGGUGGUGCCAUUUCUGCAGUCGCCGCUACGCAUACACCUAUUAUUUUCCUAGGUACUGGAGAACACAUGAUGGACCUGGAACGAUUCGAACCAAAGGCCUUUAUCCAGAAAUUACUUGGAAUGGGAGACAUGGCUGGCUUGGUCGAGCACGUACAAGCCAUUACCAAGGAUUCCGCCGGCGCCAAAGAGACAUACAAACAUAUCUCCGAGGGUAUCUACACAAUCCGUGAUUUCCGGGAAAACAUCACAUCGAUAAUGAAAAUGGGUCCCCUGUCCAAAAUCUCAGGCAUGAUUCCCGGCCUAUCGAAUAUCACUGCUGGUCUAGACGAUGAAGACGGCACUAUGAAACUGCGACGCAUGAUUUAUCUAUUUGAUAGCAUGACAACCGCCGAACUCGACAGCGACGGCAAACUCUUCGUCGAACAACCCAGCCGCAUUGUGCGUGUUGCCUGCGGCAGCGGCACCACAGUCCGCGAAGUCGAGGACCUACUUUCGCAACACCGCAUGAUGGCCGGCAUGGCGAAACGCGUCGGCGGCCAACGCAAGCAAAUGCAGCGGGCGCAGAACAUGCUCAAGGGCGGAAACAAAGAGCAACAAAUGGCCGCUAUGCAGAAACGGCUGCAGUCCAUGGGCGGCGCAGGUGGUGCCGGCGGUAUGGGCGACAUGGCGAAGAUGAUGCAGAUGUUGCAAGGACAGGGAGGUGGCGGUGCCGGGGGUGCAGGCGGAAUGCCGAAUUUUGGGGGCAUGGAUUUGCAGAGUAUGAUGAGUCAGAUGGGUGGGCUUAUGGGUGGUAUGGGUGGUAUGGGCGGUAUGGGUGGAGGUGGUGGUAGGGGACGAGGCCGGUGA